AUGAAAACGGCCGUGUCAUGUCCAUGUUCGUGUCCUCAUGUCAUGACACGGCUCCAAGACAUGAGACAUGAGACACCAGGCUCACAGCCGCACAUACCCGACGUUCACCUUUUGCAGCCUUUACGCAAAACAGCAAUUAGUGGUUCGGGCUCGGAUUUGCACGAGCGCUGAGCAUUUACUGUGGCAAAGCAAAUAAACGGUCCGUUGCGUAUAGAUUUUUCUACGUCGAUCCUCGGUAGUACAACAACUAGGGAACAUUUACCCCAAUAGCUGCGGGUAAAAUAUUUUUAUCCAGCUAUAAUUUAGAAAAGUACAAGGACCUCCCAAUUGUAGUUUGAGCGACGGUUUUUCAAUAUCACAAUAACAUAUGAUGGCGUUUUUAUUUCGAGUUCGACGAGCGUUGUUCGCGCUUUUCUUUCUGCGGUCGUAUCCUGAGUAAAAACGUCCCCACCCCAUAGUCAAGAUGGGGACCACUUUGCAGCACAAAUCCACAAGUUUUGGGAGUCGCGCGUGAUAAGUUUGGGCUCGUAGUGUGAUCCAGUUUAGCUAGUGCAGAGGCAUCACAAAUCGACUGCCUCAUCCUGAUUUCAGCAUCACAAACUCCCAGAUAGUAGCAGAAAAUGGCCCACAUCAUGGACCUGCGAAUGAGAAAUGAUAUUUUUUGUCUUGCAGAUGACUUGCAUGACAACUACGGGUAGUUGGGGACGUUUUUGCUCCGGAUAGGUCGCUGUCGGACAACAUUUUGGCGAACGCGGAUUUUUCAGGACCGUCGGCGGCCCCGAGCGCAGUGGGAAAUCAAGAACAGCGGGAGCGAGCAGCAGGGACCCAUCGGCACAAGAGCGAUGUCCUCGCGGGAAAUAAGAAUGAAGAUAGGGACGGCGCAACACUAUGUCUUGCAAAAGUACUUCUAUCGCACUAGUGUACGAAUCGCGUUGCACCUUUUUCCCGGCAUCCAUGACUAGAAAUGGACCUUGUAAUGCGGAUUUUUUACCAUACGGAAGCAAAAGCAUGACUGCAAUUUAUUCUACUACGAGUGCGAUACUUUUUCUCCUUGGAUACUAUGCACUGGAGAUGAACCGUAACUCCGCGCUGAGUGAAAAUUCAUCUCUGCAUGAAAUGAACGAAACGAUAGGUAGAGAAGAGCUUUUGGUACUACAAGGCUGCUGAUCGCAGCUCUGGGUGCGUAGUACACAAAGGAAAUGUCUUGUGUUCCUGGAAAACUGUGUAAAAGUGAAAAUUACUUUCCUCGGCUUUUUUUGUGAUCUUUUUUUCUGUGUUGUACGUUCGUUGUUAAGACUUCACUCUCAACGGCGCACUGAGUGGGAC